UUCCAUCUCAGAGGGGCAGAAAAGCAGCAGAUCUUCAGUGAAAUCUACCUUAGUGUCAUGGUAGAGGAAGUCAAACUCAGCUUGAAAGACAAAAGGAAGGACAAGUGUGUGUGGCACGCGGUGCUGCGAAGAGGAGACAUCGCACCCAGCGGGGCGGGCGCAGAUGCACCGUGCGCCAGUUGCCGGCCCCCCAGAUCGCGGCGCAGCCAGCCAGGCUGGGCAGACAGAGGACAAAUCCCAGGAGCCUCCGCGACGACGACAGAGAAGCACUUCCUGGAUCUGCACCGAGUGGAGCUGAUCAACCGCGUCGUCGAAGUGAAGGGCGUCCUGGACCUCCUGCUCGGGGAUGUUCUGGACUUCGAGCAAUACCAAAGGAUCCUGGCGGAGAAAACGUCCCACAGCAGGAUGCGCGAGCUGUUCAAGCUGAUGCCGAGCUGGACUCCCUGGUGCAAGGACCGCAUCUACGAGGCCCUGAAGGAGAAGCACCCACACCUCGUCGAAGAUCUUGAGAAGUAACCAAUGAUGCUCCCCAAUACAGUCCUUCCGUGGAGGAGCAAAGUCCCUCAGGCAGCUCACAAGUGACCUCACCAAUGGCAGCAUCACCGCAGGAUCAACGCCUUGCUGAGGUCGGAAAGCACCUCUGGAGAUCACCUACCCCCACCGCCUUUUUUAUAGCAAGGUCACCUAGAACAGGUUGCCCAGGACCAUGUGUGGUCGGGUUUGGAAUAUCUCCAAGAAUGGAGACUCCACAACCCCCCUGGGCAACCUGGUCCAGUGUUUCCA